ACUUAAGAACUCUGUUGCCAGACAUUCGAUGCAGGUUUGAGGAUGGUUUAUAUCCAUCUUGUCUCUUUCCUUUACUCAUGAAGAAGAAGAAGAAGUCAAGGAGCAGCAUCGGCGUCUAGGGGUAAUAAUGAUAAUAAUUAUUGGUAUUAUUAGCAGCGCUCCUGAAGUAACUAGGGAAGUGGUGCUGUACGACAUUUCGGCUGUCAUUCGCUACAGUCCCUCCCUUCUGCUUCUGAAGUCCAGAUAGAAGGACUCAGUCUGUACUUCAAUAAGUGCGAGCGAGCUUUUUUCGUCUAUAUAAUAUUUGAAAAAAAACUACAAAACAGCAGUUUGUGUCGCCGGUGAACUGGAAAGAAGAGAAACCAAACCAAUGGCUUCUGCCUCAGACACCUACCAGGCAUCCAGUCCCCUGGAGUGCGACAUCUGCUGUAAUGUGUUCAGUGAAGAUCACUGCCCGAGACUUCUCCUCUGUUCACAUACAGUAUGUGGACGUUGUAUUGAUGAGCUCAUCUCAGUCCAAAAGAAAGAAUGUCCUGUGUGCAGGACACUCUUCGUAGCCGAGUCGGCGGAGGAUGUGGUGAUUAACAGAAACCUCCUUGAUGCUGCAAAGCAACUUGCAUCCAAUCAUCAAGAAUCAAAUUCUUCGACCAGUGCUCCAAAGAUAAAAUCUAUUCUGGAGUUUACUGAGGAUGUCAUCAGAAGAGACAUCAUUGACCUCCAGGCAACAGAGGCAGAGAUCAGGAGCCGCAUUAGAGGUUACACCAAGAUGAAAGAGGCCAUCCUUAAGAGCAACAAAGGAAUUGCUAGACAUAUACAGGUGAUGAAAGAGAUGCAGCUCUCCAAUGAAAAGACUUUGGGCACAAUUAAACAAAACAUCAAACUGAUGAACACUCGGCUGGAUUCCAUGCUUCAAGAGAAAGUCAAACUCUGCGAUGUCAAGGCCCAGCUGAGAGCAGCCCCAAACUUUGCUUCAGCAGGAGCUACCAUAGGUGAAGCAGGAGAAAUUCUUCAAGGGGCUGAACAGAGAGUGAACGAAAUUAAGCAACUUCUUCAGGAGAAUGAUAAACGAAGAGACGACAUGAGGCAGGUGAGUUCUCUCCCUCUUAUGACUGGUUCCUUCUUAUCUAACCUGUACUCAUGAAAGGAUCACUCAUCU